UUUUGGCCCAGGUUACAUUCCGUAGCUCUACACGAGUCACAUGUCUUGUACAAGGAAAAGCAGGAAGUAUUGAAUGAGAAUGAGGCUCAUGAAAACCACAGCGCGAUCAGUGGAUUGUUCAACAAGCUGUUGUACAUAGAAAUAUACUAUGUAUAUUUAAAGUACAUGAUUUGAUUGACCAGUAAACGCAUGUUGUCGUGCUUUGGAUGCCAUGUUACCUUUCCGUUGUAAUAGCUAACGUCAGGAGGCUAGCUAAUGCUAGUAAACCUGCUAGCAAAUGAAGCACCAGUUAGCUAACUUAACAGAAUAUUCAUCUAACUAUCACUCGACCUAUCGAAGGUAGCCUAUUUCGACAGAAUGCGAUGGGGAACUGUUGGGCUUAUUGUUGUGGGCUCUUCAGAAGAGAAGCGAACAGGAUACAACGAGGAGGCGGGUCUAAAUACUUUAGAAGCAGUACUGCAGGAGAACAUUACACCAUAGAGUUUGAAAACCUUGUUGAGAGUGAUGAGGCGGAGAGUCCACAAAGCUGUCCCAGGCCUAUCAGUGAAGAUGAGAUCGUCCACCUUAAAGAGCACCGCUAUGCGGCCAUUUCCGAUCAGCAGACCCUGAUAGACCAGAAACUGCAGGCAGAGUUAUUGGCACAAGAGGAGAAGUUAAGGCUAGAAGAGGAGGCUAGAAAUGCUGCCCAACGCGAGGCCGCAAAGCUGGCACGCGAGCGAAAGAUAAAGGAGCAACAGCUUGCACAGCGGGCAAAAGCCCGGGCAGAUGUUGAUGGCGGCAUGGUCUACCCAAAAAAGCGUGGCUCAGGCGGAGACUUCGAUGUCUACCUACAGAGUGCGAAAGCCACUUCGGAAGCCUUCAGGAGCAACAGGCUUUCCUCUGAAACUAAUGUGAUCACCCCCAACACGGAGAGCAGCUGGGACUUCAAUACCAAGACCCGCUCCACCAAUGACGACGGAACCUCGCUGGACCUGGAAUGGGAGGAUGAGGAAGGUAUGGGCCGGCCCGGCCCGGCCUGGGAAAGGUCUAAAACCGAGGAGGACAUUCUCCGUGCCGCCCUUCGGCCCGAUGGGAAGCAGGCUGCUGGUGGUCCGGCCUCCGCCUCCGAGGACUCCAAUGCCCUGGAGUGGGAGAACGACUUUGUGAGCGCGCACAACGAAGGCAACGGCGAGGACAACGGCGAGGACUCUGAAUACGAGUGCUUUGUCAACCCUGUCAUGGACGUGGACACGCCGUCUGAGGAAACGCCCCCGGUAGUAGUCACUGUGCCGGGGACUGAGCGGAGAUCGUCUGCGUUGCGAGGUGGAUCUGGUCGAUAGUUGGCGUUUGCCCAACGGCCCACGGCCUCAUUUUUAUCUUUUAAUAUUUUCUUGGAGUAGGCGAGUGAGUGCAAUUUGCAAAUCUAGUUUGGUGUGGGGACACGCUUAGUGUCGGUUCCGUAUUGACUUGUGAAUUGCUCUUUGAUUUCAAUUCCUUAAUUUGAAUCCCAAUGGAAUGAAAACCGCUUUUAUUUUAUUGUCGACAUUGCUAUUGUGGUUAUUUGAACGUGUGUGGUUAUCAUACCAUUGGGCAACAUUUCCUGGUCGUUUGAAAUAUAUGCUGAAGUCAACUUUUUUGCAAUCCAUAAAGCUAUUAAUGUUUUGGUUUUUUAUGUUUUCUCCAUGACAUCAAACACUUCCAUAUGAAAGAUUACGAUCGAACAUCCUACGUUUGUUUUUGCAUUCUGAAGUCUGCUGAUUGAACCUGCUUUGUACAAUGACCCUCUGGUGUGAAUGUUCUGAGAGGUCUACUUUGUUCAAAGUCACCAAGCGCAUAGGAAAGCAUAUGAUUAAAAGCAACAAAAAUCAGUUGCUUCUAUCAGUGCCUGAAUCGAUAGGAAAUAAAUCUGGGUAAUAUAAAUAUUUACCCGUUCAUCCAUUAGUUAAGUCAAAAAGAUUGUCUCAUGUUUUUAUCAAAGUAGUUCCCUGUGUUUUCGAGCUUGCCCUUCCCUGGUAUGAAACGUGUAUGGAACAGCUGUAGUAGAGAGGCAUAUCAUGUAGCAACUUGUCUGUUCAUGCUGUGUGCUUCUAUUGGAAAAAUAUAAAUGCUAUGAUUUUUGUUUUGUUUAGCAUUUCAUUCAACUCACUGCUCCUUUAUAAUUAUUUUUUACUUUAAGUCAAAAUUUACUGUUUUCAAAUGCUAAUCAAUUGACUGGUUUGUGUGACAUUUCUUAUGUACCUAGAAGGUUCGCUACCUCCGUUUUUUACGAUGUUCAAAACUAAAACCCGAAGCAUGUCACUUUUAAAGUUUAGGAUCAAUACACUUUGUCAUGAUGAGGAACUCCAUGCAUUCAUUGGACCCAAGACAACAUGAACACACUCUGGAUAAAUAUGUACUGUCAACAUGGACUCCAUACUUAAACUCUGCCUUUCUGUUUUAGCACAAUCGUUGAUAGACAUAUCUCGAGACAUUUUAUGAAUGAAUGUAACACUGCUCACUGGAGUUCAACAAAUUGUAUUUAACAUUCUGCUUAAAUGGCUGAUAUAACAAUGGAGUAGAAAUAACUCUUGGGUUUGAAGAAUACAGUGUAGAGAUUGACAGAUAUGUGUAAAUAUCAUUUGUGUGACUUUUCAAAUUUGUUCUAUGUCUUUCCUUCCUAAUUUCAGUGUGGAUGAACUUAUUUUGCAUGCCUUUGAAAACACCAGCUCGACUUGAUUUUGCCAUUGUGAUGUUUUCACAGCAAAUUUUCCCAGAGUGCACCUGUGUUAUGAAAGAAAGAAAGCCAAACGUGGCACUAUUUCGGUUGUUUCACCGUAUUAAGAGUGACUAUUACGUUCCUUUCGUUGUUUGCACUAUCUAUAGUUGUACCAUUGUAGAGACACAAACCAUUUGCCUUUAGCAAUUUAAAUGUAUUUAUUAUUGGGGUGUAGAAUUAGGCCUACCACAUGCACAAUUGGCCCUGUUCCAAAUCUGUCAUCCCUCUUAAACUAAACUGUUAUAAUAUUAUUGUCCACUGAAAAGUGUACAUACAAAAAAAAAGGGAGGGAUUGUGUUGCAAUUUUAUCUAUGCACUGUUUGACUCAAUGGAUUUGUUGGGUCCAAACUAUAAUUGACUUUGUAGGUUUGUGUGCGCUUGCUGUGUUUUUUUAAGUGCUGUGCAAUGCGACACUGACUUUGUGUCAACUCUUAGGAUGUUGGGAAAGACAAUAAUACUUUUUCAGAGUUGGACAAAGUACAUCAUGGAUGGAUUGAGCAUGGGUGCGCUUCAUAUCAUUCUAUUGUUUAGAAGUCUCCUUGUUUUUAAUUGAGAAGAAUGUAUAGAGGAAGUUUCCAAAGUGGACCACUUUUAUUUGGUUAUGUGUAUGUGGUACGUAAUUGGGCGACUGAUUAAUAUGUAGGAAACCGCUGAAGUACAACUUUAAUCCUAACUUCAUAUCCAAGCAUGUCUAACUGGUAAAUUAUCAUCUCAAUGUUGUUUUAGGCUAAAGUCUUGAGUUUCACACAUGAUUCUCAGGUCAGGAUCACCCCCCUCCAGAUGGAACUUACUGAUUCAAAUACUAUUCCAAGCAGAAUGUAUAAUCACUUGUGCCGUUCUGGUAAAUGCUGUACAACAUGUUUAGUUAAAUUUGAGUGCACCUACAAUAAACUUGACAAAUCAUAAUCUGUGAUCACUC